AUGUCGUUCAGUUUACUGCGCUACUUUACACUUGGCCUGCUUCUCGCGCUGGGCGCUACCACCGCCUCCACAGACGUGGAUUGGUGGGAAUCUGCCACACUCUACCACAUCUAUCCGCGCUCCUUUAUGGAUAGCGAUGGUGAUGGUGUGGGCGACUUGAAUGGUAUUACGUCGCGUUUGGAAUUUCUCAAGGAACUUGGCGUCACAGCGACAUGGCUGUCGCCCAUCUUCGAAUCGCCUAUGGCGGAUAUGGGUUAUGAUGUCGCCAAUUUCACGAAAAUCGAUCCACUUUUCGGCACAAUGGAGGAUUUCGAUGCUAUGCUUGCGAAGGGACAUAAAUUGGGUUUGAAAAUUAUUUUGGAUUUUGUGCCCAAUCAUUCGAGUGAUGAGUGUGAGUGGUUCCAGAAAUCGAUACGUCGUGAAGAUGGCUACGAUGAUUUCUAUAUCUGGCAGGAUGGUAAAAUUGAUCCAGAAACGGGCAAUCGUACAGAGCCAAACAAUUGGAGUUCCGUCUUCCAAGGCUCCGCAUGGACUUGGGUUGAGGAACGUCAGCAGUACUAUUUACAUCAGUUUCUCGCCAAACAACCAGAUUUCAACUAUCGUAAUCCUAAAGUGCGUCAAACUAUGCUUGAUGUGAUGAAAUUUUGGCUGGAUCGUGGUGUGGAUGCCUUCCGUAUCGAUGCAGCGCCAUAUUUCGUUGAGAAGAUGUUUGACAAUGGCACAUUCCCCGAUGAGCCAGUUUUCGAUCCCAGCAUUUCUCCAGACCCAAGCGAUUUUCGCCUUUACACAAUGAAUCAACCCGAAAAUGCUGAAUUGCUCUAUGAGUGGCGUUCAUUUUUAGACGAAUACCAGAGUGUUCAUGGCGGUGACACGAGAGCACAGAUUAUUGAAGCAUACACCUCCAUCGAAUAUCUAAGCGAAUACAUCACUAACGGCACUCAUAUCGGUGGCCAACUACCAAUGAAUUUCAAUUUCGUCCAUUUGCAAAGUUCUUCCACUGCCAAAGAUAUAGAAGAGGCUGCCAACAACUGGAUGGAUGUUAUGUGGACCAGGCACAAAGUGGCCAAUUGGGACGCAAGUAAUCAUGAUAACAGUCGUUUGGCCACGCGCAUGGGUUCACAAAGAGUGGAUACGAUGACGAUGAUAAUGCAUUCACUACCCGGUACAUCAAUCACGUAUUAUGGCGAGGAGAUCGGUAUGCCGGACGGGCAAUCUGAAUGCACGCCACAAUCAACCACUUGUGAUUUCCGAGAGCCCGAACGCACACCCAUGCAGUGGGAUACUUCAAAGAAUGCCGGUUUCAGCACGGCCAAUUCUACAUGGCUGCCCGUGAAUGAGGAUUACAAGAGUUUGAAUGUGCAGAUACAACGAGGUGUAGCACGCAGCUCACUACAAAUCACGAAGGGUAUGAUUGCAUUGAAGAAAACCGCUGCCUUCAAGGCGUUCAAAGAGGAUGGCGGCUUCUCGUAUGCUGCUUUGAGUGAGCAAGUCUUUCAGGUUGUCAGAACCGCCGUGGGUCGUGAGGAGUAUCGCGUACUGGCCAAUUUAGGCAAUCAGAUUGAGUCUUUUGAGGGACUGACUAAUAAAACCAUGGAGUAUGUGCUACUCAACUCAUACUCACCGCACAAUUAUGGUGAUAAAGUCGACUUAAGCAAACGCAUCAUUUUGAUGCCCUAUGAAGGGAUCGUCCUGCGAUGGUCUGCGUAGUUUAGGCACGAGCUCGCAAAAUAUUUUAUUUCUCGAUUAAUUUU